AUGGCUGUUAUAGCGACGGGUGUCUCCCAGACAACAAUCGGAGUGAACUACCUGGUAACAUGCAUGGGCAUUUUCACCGGCUGUGCAGUCUUUCCUAUAUACAGCACCGUCCUUUGGAAGCGCCAGAACAAAGUUGCCAUCGUUGUAGCACCCAUACUUGGUAGUGUGACAGCGAUUGCAUCCUGGCUCGGUAGCACCCAUGCUCUUGAAGGGUUCGUGACAGUCGCGACGACUUCUCGAAUUCUACCGCUUGUCAUCGGCAACGCCACUUCGCUGUUUAGUGGAGCCAUAUACUCUAUACUCUGUACCUUUGUUUUUGGGCCCGACACAUUCGACUGGAAGAGAUUAACAACGGACAUUAUUGUUGUCGAUGACAGUGACAUCAAAGGCCUGUCUCCAGAGCAACUCGCGGAGCAAGCGGCAGCAGAACAUAUGACUCCGGAAGCUUCUCAUACCCUGGAGAGAGGAAAAUUGAUGGCGAUACUCAUUGCCUCGAUCCUGUGCUUUAUUUUCGUCAUUCUCUGGACUAUUAUGAUGUUUUGGUUGUUUUUGACUGGGAAACAAGGGAAAGAUCUCCAAGCCGUGGAAGGUGUACAUGCACCUAGCCCGACUGACAUUGUGGUAGAACACCGUGCAGAGGAUAUGAAAGAAAAAACUGGUCGAAAUGAUAACUGA